AUGUCCAAUUUAGAAUACAGAGAUCGGCCCGAGCCAUCCAGCAGCACGGGCAACGACUUUACUCGGGAAAUGAUGGAAUCAUUACCAAGAAUAGAAACUCCCCCACCCCAAGAAGCCUCAUUAGAGGCAUACAUAACACAAGAAGUCGAAAAAGCAAUCCAACAAACCCACCUUCUAGAGUCCCUACUUCUACACUUUGAAGACGACACCACCUAUUUCAAAGAUGAUAGGAAAAAGAUAAGCUUUGUGCUGUCUUUUAUGAAAAAAGGAGAAGCUGCAGCCUUUUGGACCGAUUGGCUAGAGAAUAGAGUCAAUGCCCAACAGCUAGGGUUAGACAUAACAAACACAUACGGAAGUUGGCCGUUUUUUGCCGACAAGAUGGAAGAGGGAUUGAAAGACAGUUUUGAAAAAGAAACUGCAAAGAAUGAAAUAUUAACCCUAAAACAGGGUAAUAAAACUGCUCAAGCCUACUUCAAAAAGUUUGAAGAAUAG